GGUAAGACCGAACUGACUUUACUACUUCUGUUCACUACCUUCAGACCCCAGACAAAGCUGAAUAUUUUCAACCUUUAAAUAAUAUGUUGUUUUCUCAAGUCAGCAUACAGACGAAGGAAAUACUGUACAUAUUUGAAGGUGUUUCGAAAAAGAAUACAAGCUGAUUUUCAUUUCUUCAGAUCACAUGAACGAGAUUCAGACCAUUUGAUAAAAUUUCAGAUUCUGGUUUACAAUAUGCAAAGAACUGCUCUGGUGUUUCUAUCUGCCCUGCUCAUAUUCUGGGCAUUUCCUCCUUCAACUGCUGCUGGUCGACUAAGACAAUUCUACAUAGGACCAGAUACAAUGAGUAGAACGACUGCUGAGGAAGAAUGCAGAAGAAAUUACACUGAUCUCGUCACAGUUUAUGACCAACAGGACAAUACGGAACUCGUUGUCUUAAUGAGUAAACACAAUGCCCCUAAUAGCUGGAUUGGUGCUUAUAUAGGAAACCGCAGUAUGAAAUGGUCAAAUGGUGAUGAUGUCACAUUUAACAGUAGUUUAACAGCAGAUUGUGGGGUAACAUGCUGUGCUGCUAUGAAAGCUGAUGGAGGAUGGGAAUCUGUCGAUUGCACCCAGAAAAAAUACUUCAUGUGUUAUGAACAAGAAUCAUACAAAUACAGUUUAAUCAGUGAAAAGAAAAACUGGUCUGAGGCUCAGCUGUACUGCAGAAAGAAUUACACUGAUUUAGUCUCUAUCGGAAAUGAUGAGGAAAAUACUCAGGUGAAGAAGGAAGGAGAAAAGAGUAACGAUCCUUUCUGGAUCGGCCUGCUGGUGGACAGUGUGGAAUGGGCUGAUGGAGGACAAUCUGCUUACAGAAACUGGUUAUCUGAAACGCUCAGUGAGGAUAAUAAAGUCUACAUAGACUUAAAUGGGAAAUGGCAUAAAGCUACAGUUGGUUCACGUCGUCCCCUGUGCUACAAAAGCUUCAUUCAUGUAAGUACUGAUAACAGGACCUGGGAGGCGGCUGUGGAUUAUUGCAACAGUCAUGACAAUACAACUGGACUACUGACCAUUCAUUCUCAGAGUGAUCAGAUAGAAAUAGAGCGAGAGCUAAAAAGAAAGAAUAUCUCCGGGCCAAUGUGGGUGGGGCUUAGACAGAGUCGACUUUUCGGAUUCUGGAUUUGGAUCAACAGGGUUACUGUGGGACCCUGGACCAACUGGAAAAGAGGAAGUCAACCAGAACAUCUGAUAUCCCACCACUGCGGUGCCAUAGAGGAGGUGAACGGUCAAUACAAAUGGACUGAUAAGGACUGCAAGUCUGAAUUAGGGGUUUUAUGUGAGGGGAAGUAAUAUAGAGUGCUAACAUAUCCUACUCUACUAUAUUUAUUCUUUAGUGUAUGCUCUCUGCCCUUUUCGGAGUGUCUAUUUACACUUUUUCACUUAUUGUGUGUCAUUUCUUAAAACAAUGUGUAGAAAUAAAUGUAAUUUAAUACAAAACACUUAGUAGUUGUGAAUUAUUCAUUGAAGUAUUUAAUUGCUUCAAGUGGUACAAUACAGUGCAAUAAUAUAUGUCUUUAAAUAUUGUAAAUUGUAUUAUAUGACAGAAACAAAUACAAAUACAGACAGAGAGAGAAAGGUUGGA